UGUGUCAUUAUGAUGUACUUAUAUAUAUCGCACUCAUGUGUACGGCGUACUUUUAUGUCAUUUCGUGCAUUGACUGCUGAUUUCAUAUAAGGAAGCGGAAGCGAGACCGCGCAAACAAUCUAACAAUAAACAUACUCGUACAAUGAAUAACCUCACAAUUCUAGAGUGUCAACUUCUUAUGAACAGCUAUAGUUAUAUAGUCAAAACAAGGGCAAUGCGUAUAUUUUUAGACCUGCUUUCUCACAAGGCAUCCAGCUGUGAACGCUCGAACAUGAACAUAGGUGAAGAGCGCUUGACAUAAUACAUGUAGUCCUAUAAACAUUGAAACUCUAUACCGUCACCACGCAUAUUAAAAACCAUUGUGAAGAUACGAAACAGGAAGUUGUUGCGUUUUGAGUCAUUCGAUUCGUUUGAUUUUAGACAGUCUGCACAGGGGAAUAGAGGAAAGACAUGGCUUCAGGCAUGCUCGAUGGUAUAUUGCAGUAUAAAUACAAAUUCGUCGGUCGUGAGUCUGAGCUUCAUAAAGUUCUAAAUGAAUGGGAAUCGCGACGAAUAAUUGGUGUCUACGGUCCACCUGCCAUCGGCAAGACCGAGUUUGCUGAGAGAGUCGUACAAGAAGUCGGUAGGGUCCGACCGCUUGAGGUGGCGAAGGUGAACCUCAAAAGUGUGCGGUCUGUUCGCCAUAUUAUCGAACGAUUCAGUCAAGCCACUGCAUUUCUUCAACCAUUCCCUUCUGAAGACUCUAACGAUGAGGCGUCACUGUUUAAAUGGAAGUAUGACUUAGCCGCGCAUAUAGGAAAUAGACUAAAGGAGUGUCAGAGGUAUGUUUUGGAAAUAGAUAACUGCGAUCACGUCGUCGUCGCAGAUGAAAAGAACUUUAACGAAUCCAAAUCUCAGAAGGGCUUAACAGCCGAUCAAAAAGGGAUUGCGGACGCGGAACCUUCCUUUUUGUGGCACGAUAGACCCCUCCAAACAGUAUUACUUGACCUAAUAUCAUGCUUGGUCAAAUACUGUAAAAACGUGUGGAUAUUGGUGGUGUCAAGAACCGAUUUCCGAUUUGCGUCUUUAAGCAAACUCUACAUCUGCGUCCAGCUGCCUCGGUUGUCCACUGGAGAAGGAGGGUCACUGCUGCACGAGGUAUGCCCAUCGGUCAAGUUCAGAAAUGACCAACUUGAGGAAAUAGUGGAGAGAUGUGAAGGGGUGCCUCUGCACAUUAUAGCCGUAGGAGACGAAUUAAAUCAAAGCGGGGAUCUAUAUUCACCAGGGGAAUUGCUAGAAGCUCUCAGGGAAAAGAGACUAAAAUGUCUUGGAGGAGAAGGCCUCGCAGACGACGAGAGAGCGGAAAAAGUAGAAGCGAGGGACUUCGCUCGGUUACCGCAAGAGCUGCAGAAUCAUCUCUAUUCGCUAGCCAGCUUACAGAAUGGGUUUACUAAAAAUGAACAUGCCUCUCCCGCCAUGGGAACGCGGGCCGUCUCCGCACCUCUACGGAGACGUAACAAGUUAGAAUAUGAUUCAGAGAAUGACAAACUUUCCAUUCCUAGAUUAACAGGGGAAUAUGUUGGGGAGCAGAUUACACCGAAACUGCCAAAAAGUUAUGACGAGAAUAGCGCAAAGGAAAAGGAUUUGACUGAAUCCCAAGCCUCCGUGGCACAAGACCAGCAGCAGACCACUACACCUUCAUCAUCCUUCCGACAGAAAGACUGCCUGGGGACCGAGGAUACUACUGCUAUCUACACAACCGAAAGCACCACCAACGCCAAACAUGAACCAGCGCCUAAAGCGGACAGCAAACGACCGAAACGAAACAAACUGACGGUGGCUGAAUACAUAAAACAAAACAUACCUUUGGUUGCAGACAACGCCCCUAUCAAAACAGCACAAAACUGUACGCAUGGGGGUAUUUUGGGUUAUCCAAAAAUCACGUCUUUGCUGGAUACGCAGUAUCGCGGAAGUUCGCAAUUCGUAUCUACGCCUCGCUCAUCUGAUACAGAAAACAGGGCGGAUGUUCCAUGCACAAAAUCUGAUGUCUCAUCUGUAAGAUCACCAGGAACUGCCGCUAUCAGUGGUCGCUUGAAUGACACUCACCUCGACAAGUUUAAAGGUUAUGUAGGGAGAGCGGAGAAAGAACUGAACAACUUCCCUGGUCCACCGAGGGAAGAGUGGAAUAUCUGGUCAGACACUUUGCGACAAGACGAGACAGGACCACCGUCAAAUGAUGACAAUAACGAAGAUUUGAACAAGCCUAAUCAGGAUGGUUAUCUGCUGUUAAAUGUGCCAAUUUCUGUUGUGGGUAAAAAUUUGGAAUGAUGAUUGAAUUAAUCGACGAGAACUGGAAUAAACACAUCGUACACUAUAUGCCCAUCAAGCGCUUGAAGUAAACUGGACUUGAUGUGUUCUUGCGAGUUGCACCACUGCUUCCGGAUGGCCUCCACAGACUUCUGACAACUUUGGGAUGGGGUAAAAGGGUAGAGUAUGUUCCAAGGAUAUGUGCAGUAUUACCUAUACUGCCAAAAUAUUUCAAAGCGGACUGUCUGGACAUAUGACGAACCAAAGCCUGCACAGUACCAUCUGCACUAACCUGCUUUUAUUAUCGUUAUUAUUUUUUAAUAAAUGCUCAAUGUUUUUCCUUAAUGUUUUGUUAUGGCGUCACUGCACAUCAAUUUUUAUAGCUCGUCACCACGUGGUUUUGGAAUUAAUGAGAAAAGUUUAAACAACUAAUACGAUCUUAUCAUGCUCUAGGCCUAUUUAUAUGUUUUAUAUUUAUACCCAAAAGGGCAAAAUUGCAAAAUAAAAAGCAAACCUGUUUCAUCAUUCUUGUUAAUUAUUCCUGGGUUUUUCUAACAGAUAUAAGCAAAUUACGUUCCAAUUAAAAAAAUAGAUUUAAACAAUGCGGCAUGCAAAGUUAUGCUGAUCAAUUUUAAGCAAUAUGCUUUGAAAUUCGUUAUACAAAUCGUCCCUUUACUUAUUAAACAUACAGUUUUGUACGUUUGUUAAGCCUAUCUAAGCUCAACGUAUAUUUGUAAGCAAACUGUCUUGUCAAACAAAUACACUUUUA